AUGAGUUUCAGCAACAGAAGACAUAUUUCCACAAAUCAGCUCAUACGCCCCUUUUCCUUUUUCUCUAUAGGAAAAGCAGCUGCUAAAGCCGCCAAAGUGCCUGUUUAUCUAGGUGGUAGCUUGGCUGCUGCAGGUAGUUACGUGAUGUACAAGGUAGAAGAAGCGACUAACUACACUUCCGAGCAACUAGAUCGUGCAAAGGAGCUAGCAUCAGGAGCAAAAAACGGCUUUAAUGGAUUAUUGGAUGGGAUGCUUUCACAUUUCGGAAGUUCCGAAGGUGGAGAAGACAAUGGUCAGAACGGUAAUAAUAACAAUAAUAAUAAUGACAACGAUGAUGAUACAACUUUGGUUGGAUCUGCUGCCGCUGCCUCUGCUAUUGGAAUGUUGGGCAAUAGCAGUGAUGAAGAAACAUUGCAAGAGGAAGAACUUUUAGAAGAAGACGAUGAGGUGGACGAAGAUGAAGAAAAUAAACAAAGACAAAUUUUGGAGGAUCAAAUGCUAAAUUUAACGAGGCAGAUGAUUGAAAUCAGAAACAUUCUUUUGAAUGUUAACGGUGCCACUGACCUUAGGCUGCCAUCCAUUGUUGUGAUAGGCUCACAAAGUUCAGGUAAGUCGUCAGUUUUGGAAAGUAUAGUUGGACAAGAAUUUUUGCCAAAAGGUUCCAAUAUGGUCACGAGAAGGCCAAUUGAAUUGACUUUGGUCAAUGAUCCAUCAAGUGCUUCCGAAAUUGCUGAAUUUCCAGCUCUGAAAAUGUUUAAUAUGACUGAUUUUCAGCAGGUUCAAAAGGUUUUAGUUGAUCUGAACCUCGCAGUUCCUCACGACGAGGCUGUUUCUGCAGACCCCAUCCAGCUCACCAUCAAAUCUCCCAAAGUUCCUGACUUGUCACUGGUUGAUUUGCCAGGUUACAUUCAGGUUGAAGCUGCAGAUCAACCUACAACCUUGAAGACUAAGAUCAGAGAAGUUUGUGACAAGUAUCUUGAAGAGCCAAAUAUCAUUCUCGCAAUUAGUGCAGCUGACGUUGAUCUUGCUAACUCUGCUGCUUUGAGAGCUGCAAGAAGGGCAGACCCGAGGGGUGAAAGAACAAUAGGUAUAAUCACCAAGUUAGAUCUAGUAGAACCAGAUGUUGCUAGAGGUAUGUUAACCAACAAAAAGUAUCCGUUAAAAAUGGGAUAUGUUGGUGUUAUUACUAAGAUACCAAAAUCAACAUCAAUUUUUCAAAGAAAGACUGGGGUGCAAGCGUUUAUUGCGCAGCAAAAUACCGAGAGAAUGUUUUUCAGAGAAAACAAGGAUGUUUUUUCAGGAUUGAGUGUGGGCACAAAAUUGCUGAAAAAGAAAUUGAUUCGUGUUCUAGAGAGAUCAAUGUCAAAUGCUUUGAGACCAAUGCAGCAGCAAGUUUUGAAUGAAUUGGAAGAGACUAGCUACAAAUUCAAGGUGGAGUUCAACGAUAGAGAUUUGACUUGUGAAAAGUACAUGGCUCAAACCAUAGAUAAUUUGAAGAUGGAAAUCAAGGAAUUCAGUGAAAAGUUUGGUAGACCUGAGCUUAAGUCUUUACUCAGAAGUGAAUUGGAUCAAAAGGUUUUAGACCUCUUGGCUUUGAGAUAUUGGAAUAAGUCCGAACCAUACAUCAAAAAGAAUCCUGCUAUUUCCGACUACGAGUUUGAAGAGCCUCAGAUAUCAGAACUGAGUAAUGCCAAAAAUGACGAAACUUUUUGGCACAGAAAACUAGAUUUGUCAACCGCAAAUUUGACCAAAAUUGGGGUCGGUAGAUUGUCUACUACAUUAGUCACCGAGGCUAUUCUCACUGAAAUAGAUGUAUUGAUCAAUAGUACUGACUUAAGAAACAACGAUAUGAUCAAACAGGCAAUAAAGGAGGCCGCGAUAUCUGUUUUGAAUCAACGAUAUAACUCUACUGCCGACCAAGUCGAAAAUUGUAUCAAACCUUUCAAAUAUGAGAUAGAAGUUGAAGACCGAGAGUGGAGUUUGAGUAGGAAGCAUUCAAUACUGCUACUCAACGAAGAGCUCCGAGAGGUGCAAGUUGCAUACGAUGUGAUAAAGAAGACUGUUGGUGGUAAUAAAUUGAAGCAAAUUAUGACAUAUAUAGAGAACGAAAACAAUUCAGUUGGCCAAACUAUUGAACGUGAAAAUCUGGGGUUCAGCCCAGGGCUGAUUUUGAGAGGUAGAGAAGCUAUUUUUCUGAAGGAUCGUUUGGCAAUUUUGAAUUUGAGAUUGAAAGGAUUGCAAAGCUCUACAUGUAAACACAAAGAAAACAAGUUCAAGUGUCCUGAAAUAUUCCUUGAUGUUGUUGCCGAAAAGUUGACGCAGACAGCUAUUUUGUUUCUCAACGUUGAAUUACUUAGUGACUUUUACUAUAGCUUUCCUAGGGAGUUGGAGAAGAGAUUAGGCACCAAGUUGACGACCGAAGAAAUUGAGAAUUAUGCUAAGCAAGAUCCUAAGGUCAAGAGACAUAUUGAAUUGCAGGAACGCAAGGAGUUACUUGAACUUGCAUUGAGUAAGAUUGAUGAUGUCAUGGCAAUUCAGAAGAGGCUUUGA